UUAUGGAGCAGAAAAAACGACAAAGCGAGAAAAAUUAUUUCCCACUCCCGAAAUUAAUGAUCAUGAGCUCCUAUUUGAUGGACUCGGGCUACAUCGAUCCCAAGUUCCCGCCGUGCGAGGAGUACUCGCAGGGCAGUUACAUCCCCGAGCCCGCCGCCGCCGAGUUCUACGCGCGCCGGGAGCCGCCGGCCGCGUUCGCUGCGCACCCCGCGGAGCCCUUCGGGGGCAGCCGCGGAGCCUUCGCCGAGCGCCCCUUCGGCUGCGCGGGGCUGCGGGCACCGGGAGCGGGAGGAGGAGGAGGAGGAGGAGGAGGAGGAGGAGGAGGAGGAGGAGGAGGAGGAGGAGGAGGUGGGGGGAGGCAGCACCUGGCGGAGAAGCCGCGGCUCUGCGAGCCCCCGGCGGGGCCGUGCGCGGAGCCCGAGGGCGGCGGCGGCGGAGCGGGGAAGGCGCCCGUGGUUUAUCCGUGGAUGAAGAAGAUCCACGUCAGCACCGUGAACCCCAAUUUCUCGGGCUCGGAGCCCAAGCGCUCGCGCACGGCCUACACGCGGCAGCAGGUGCUGGAGCUGGAGAAGGAGUUCCACUACAACCGGUACCUGACGCGGCGGCGCCGCAUCGAGAUCGCGCACGCGCUGAGCCUGAGCGAGCGCCAGAUCAAGAUCUGGUUCCAGAACCGCCGCAUGAAGUGGAAGAAGGAUCACCGGCUGCCCAACACCAAAACCCGAACGGCGGCGCCGGCGCCGCCGGAGACGCCCCAAAACCCGGGGCCGACCGCGGAGCCGCCCGCCGACAUCACCCGGUUGUAACGGGAACGGGAACCCGGGCUUUUCUGCGGUGGAAACGCCGAAAAUUCCCAUUUUUCUGCUCGGGUUGUAGAGGAAAUUCCGAAUUUUCUGCCCUGGUUGUAGAGGAAAUUGAGAAAAUUUGGAUUUUUCUGCCCUGGUUGUAGCGGAAAUUCGAAUUUUUCUGCCCGGGUUAUAGCAGAAAUUUUAAAAAUUCGGAUUUUUCUGCCCAGGUUGUAGCAGAAAUUCGGAUUUUUCUGCCCUGGUUGUAGAGGAAAUGCGGAUUUUUCUGCCUGGAUUGUAGUGAAAUUCAGAUUUUUCUGCCUGGGUUGUAAGGAAAAGGUCAGAAAAUUCGGAUUUUUCUGCCCUGGUUGUAACGGGAAUUCCAAUUUUCCACAUGGGCUGGGAUGGGAAAUUCGGAUUUUCAGAAAAAUUUGGAUUUUCCCGCCCAGAUUAGAAUGGAAAUUCCAAUUUUCUGACCGGGUUAUAACAAAAAUUCUGAAUUUCCCGCCCAGCUUUUGAGGGAAAAUCCAAAUUUCCCACCCCAAAAAUCCGCGCCGUGCGGGGACUGUGGCUCUGAUAGAUUCUAAUAUAUAAAUCUUUAUAUUUGGAGUUUUCAUACUAUUAUUAUUAUUAUUAUUAUUAUUAUUAUUAUUAUUAUUAUUAUUAUUAUUAUUAUUAUUAUUAUUAUUAUUAUUAUUAUUGCCCCCUACGUGUCAAAACUCAACCCUUUUUAAGAUUCUCCUGAUUAUUUAAAAGUAUUUUUAAAUUAUUAUUUAUUAUUACUAUUAUAAUUUGAUUAAUCCCCUGUGUGUGUCAUAACUUGACCCCACUUCAAACUCUCCCAGUUAUUAUUAAUUAUUUUAAUUAUUAUUUUAUUAAUCCCCUGUGUGUCAAAACUUGAUCCCUCUUUAAAUCAUCCCAAUUAUUAUUCAUAUUUAAUUGUUUUAAUUAUUCUUUUAUUAAUCCCCUGUGCGUGUCAAAACUCGACCCCGCUUUAAAUUCCCCAAUUAUUGUCAUUAUUGAAAAUUAAUUAUUUUAAUUAUUAUUUAAUUAAUCCCCCUCCUUUUUUAGCUGCAUGUCGGAGGUCGCAUGAGCCCAGGUGGCCGCACCUGGAGAAACUUUCCAAAAACGGGUUUUUCACCCUUUUUCAGGGUUUUAUUUAUUUGUAAUUUAUUUUUAAUUUAUUUUUAAUUUAUUUUCUAUUUAUUUUGGGGUGUGGGAACCCUGGGGGGGGGUUUAGGGAAAAUUUUAAGGGGGUCUGGAGGGCGAAAAACACAAAAAAAAUUCAAAAUAAAUAAAUAUUGUGAUUUUUUUCAAAAAGGCUGGAAAAUCCCAAAUUUGGGAGUGGAAAGGGAGGAGAAAUUUUAAAAAAACAGCCCCAAGGGAGCAAAAAAAGGCGAAAAUUCAAUUUAUUUGCACCAAAUCACCGCUCCGAGGGGGUUUUGUGGUGGUUUUUUUUGUGUUUUUCAGGCGGAAAAAUGAAAAUAUGGAAUUAUUGAAUUUCCCCCCUCCUGCUCGAUGUAAAACUGCAAUAAAAAAAAGGGAAUUUUGGUGCGUUCUGUGACGGUCUCGGUGUCAAUAAAAGCGCUCGGUGUGAAUUUCUUUUA